CCUCGUACACAAUCAGGACUGAGCUGUGGUACAAGGGGUGCGAUUUAGGAUAAUGCAGAUGAUUAUAUACUUUGUCUUCGACAACAAGAUAGAGGAAAGUGAGGGAUCGGCGCUUUCAGAUCUCAGAAACGACUUUUUCGGCCGCUUCGAUGGCCCCAAGGCCGAAAUAACACGAAAGUCGACAAGUCCGCUCCAACAGCACUUGGAUGACGUGGUUAGCAGCAUAUAUGACGAAGAUGCUGCGGGAGGUAAUGGAGGCCAUGGGAUACUCCAAGCACUGCGAAGUGCGUUUCGUUUCGUUCACCCUGAGGGAAACUUCUUUUCUGUUCAGCAGUACCUUGAAUUCCGGCAACUGAACGUGGGCGCAAGCUUCGUGAUUGCGGCCGCAAAAUUCACUAUCAAAUCAGGCGUGGACGAAUCUGAUCCGCGCUUUGCCAGAUACCUGACUUUGGUUGGGGAUCACGUGGGUCUCGUUAACGAUUGUUGGUAGGGGCGAUUCCCCGGUCUGCAUCACUAGUUUAGGACUAGCGCGCGAGCUAUAGAGCUCGCGCCUCCUCUAUAGUAAAUCUACAACUCUUACACUAC